GGUCCUUGAACGCGUCCUGAGGCGGUGGGUGACGGUGUGCGUCUGGCCGUCCGCCUGCGCCGGUGCCGCGGAGCUGAGCGCAAAUAAUGCCCGGUAAAUGUAAGUUCCAGGACUCGUGGCUGUCCAAGGACAUCUAUAAGGAGUGGCUGGUGAAGGACGGGGCGGACAUCCACUUCGCGCGGUGCCGGGCCUGCUGCAAAUCCAUCAAACUGCAGACCAUGGGCGAGGCGGCGCUCACCAGUCACGCAGGCGGCGCCGGCCACAAAGCGGCGGUGCGCAAGCUAACGGAAGGUAAAGUCCUGCUGAUAAACGCGGCGGGGCAGAUGAAUGGAAGUGUGAGUCGUCUGAACAUUGGGGCAGAUCCUCAGCAGAUGGACGACACUAAGGAGCAGAUGGCCGUUUGUCUGAAGCGUGAACCCGCAGACAGAAUACCCAGCAGCCCCUGGGCCGACCUGCACCACAGCCCCUCUGUAAACUCCACUUCCCAUAAUGCAGAGCUGCAGGACGUGGUUUUUCCCGCCGCCUACAUCACAGCCCCAGGCACCUCCCACCUGGUCAGCCCCCACGCCCUCCCCUCGGUCAGAGAAUCGGAGGAGCCGCAGCGUCGUCGUCAGCGGGUGUCGGGCUCGGACGGCGUGGACGCGUCCCGGCUGGAGCUGCAGCAGCGGUCGGAGGUCCUGGAGCAGCAGCAGCAGAUGCAGAUCCUGGAGUGGGAGAACCGCAUGAAGGUCCUGGCGUGGGAGCAGGAGCUGGUGCGGCAGAAGAGGAGGGCGCUGCGGCAGAAGGAGAAGGCCUUCCGCAUGAAGGCCGCCUACUACAGCGCCAAGCUCCGCAGGAUGGGACAGCAGCCGCCGCCGCCGUCGUCAGGGAGCAGCAGCGACGACGACGGCGGCGACCGGGGGAAGACCGCCCACCCGACGGGAUGAACCGGCUGUUACCGCGGUGACGGCCUCUCAUCCUCCGGGACUGGUUUUAUACAGCGGUUUUGUAAAUGUCGGCUUUUUUUUUUUUUUUUUUUUUUUACACCGUUGAAAAGAAACAGAAAGACGUUCUGACCCAAAGUUUCCAGAGUUCCUCAUGUGACCGUUGAAUCAGCUGAUGGAGGCGGAGUCAGACCAAAGGUUCCCAAAAAUAAACCCCCCUCCUUUUUUUUUUUUUUUUUUUCCUGUCACAGUAUUUACUUUGUUCAUGUUUGGCCUUAAAUCCAGAGGAAACAGUGGCUUUAACGUUUGCUUUUAGGUAUAAAUCAAAUCAGUUCAACCCUUAAAGACCUAAAACUGUUCGUAUUGACUUUCCUCUGAUGUUUUCUAAGAAUUCCAGUUUUUAUUAGAGUUUCCACUUGGUACACGACAUUCAUACCAUGUUGCUUAAUGUUAACAACGAAGGCUUCUGUACACACAUGAAAAGUAUUAAAAAAUGCUACAGUGUGGAUGUUCUCAAGAAGAAAAAAUAAAAUUGAUAAAUAAAUAGGUAAAUAAAUAAAUCAAUAAAUAAUUCUCUUAUGUUUUCUUUCCAUUUAACUGAGUUCUGACAAUGAAACAACAAGUAAAUACUGAGUCUGCUCUUCAGUAUUCAGGGUUUUCAGUAUUAAGGGUUAAAGGUGGACGUUUGGGUUUUUAAGGGUUAAAGGUGGACGUUUAGGUCUUUAAGGGUUAAAGGUGGACGUUUGGGUCUUUAAGGGUUAAAGGUGGACGUUUGGGUGUU